UUCAAUUUUUUCGCCCCCAAAGUUUUUCAUUCAUUAACUUUCUUCCACCACGCUAUGUUUCUUUGCAUACCCAAAUGGAAUAUCUUCAUCCUCAAUCCUUCUCCGCCUCUUCUUGUUUAUAUAUGCCAUAAAAUUGAUCUAUUCUCUGAAUAGGUCAAGAUACGAUAAUGGUGAAACUAACGAUAGUUGGUAGGGUUGAAGAUGGAUUGCCUCUUGCCCAAGAUCAAACCUAUGUAAACCAACAAGACAACGCUAGUUUCUUGUUAUACAAGAAACAAGCCGAAUUCCUUCUUAAGCAAAUCUCCAAAGACUCAUUGUUGCAUCCAAAGAUGACCAUCUUGCUCGAUCAUCAUUCUUUCCACUUUUUGGUGGAGAAGAAGAUAUGUUGCAUCGCGCUAUCUGAUUCUUCGUACCCAAGAAAGCUAUUGUUUCAUUACCUGCAGGAUCUGCGCAAGGAACUUGAUCAGCCCGAUGAGACAGCACUGAUUCAGAAAAUCUCAAAACCUUAUAGCUUCGUUAGGUUUGGUAAGAUCAUAGGGAGAAUAAGGAAACAAUAUAUGGACACGAGAACACAAGCUAAUCUAUCGAAGCUGAAUUCUUCACGGAAACAAGAACUAAAUGUAGUCACUGAGCAUUUUAAUGAUAUAAUACAAAGACGACAAAUUUUAGAAACAUCAGAAAAAGCGUCCUCAGAUCCACGAAUGUCUGUUUCAACCAUUUGGAGAUCACGAUGUCUUCAGGAUAUUGCUUUAAAAUGGACACCAGUGACGACCAUUAUUCUCGUUAUUCUUGUUCUUUUCAAAGCAAGCUUGAUUAUGACGGACGAUUAUUUAAUUUCAACCAUGAUAUGAUCAAGUAAUAAUUUUAAUCAAAAGAAGAAGAGUGUAUGUA